GUUUGCCUCAACUCUGACGGCUCCGUUCUCCCUUCAUCAGGCCAUGCUGCAGCUGGUGGUCUAAUCCGUGAUCACUUAGGACGCUGCUUAGCAGCGUUCGCUAUUAACCUGGGCACAUGCUCUAUAACCCAGGCUGAAUUGAGAGGCGCUGUUGAAGGCUUACAGGUGGCGUGGGAUGCAGGUCAUCGCCGAGUACUAGUUCAACUGGAUUCCCAAUGUGCGGUGCAGCUGCUGCAAGGCGAGACGUCCGAUGACCAUCCUUAUGCGGCCUGCUGUUUUGCCCCCAGCCCGCUCGUGUUUUAA